AUUCUGUCCCUGGUCAAGGCCUCCGUAGGGUAAAUACAGUUUAAUCCUAGUGAUUGUUCUAGGGCACUCCUGCUGCCCCAUCUGAGUCCCAGCCUUUGUGGCUCUCUGCCUGUCAUCGUCUUGGCUUUGAAUGAAGUCUGACAACUUUGCCCUGCCUUACAAACCUGGGACACCCACCUCCCUUCCCUUAGUAAAUAGACUCAUGGGAGGUGUUAUAUACUCUACCUGCAGUGCUGAUGAAAUUGGACAUAUUUCCUAAGACAGCCCGCUGGAGGAUUCUGACCUGAAGGACACGUAUCUCAUCCCGAGAAACAUCAUGGCCGAGCCAGACUAUAUAGACGAUGACAAUCCUGAACUAAUUAGGCCUCAGAAACUGGUCAAUCCUGUCAAAACAUCCCGGAACCAUCAAGACCUUCACAGAGAACUUCUUAUGAAUCAAAAAAGGGGACUUGCCCCUCAGAAUAAGCCAGAACUGCAGAAAGUGAUGGAAAAGAGAAAACGAGAUCAAGUAAUAAAGCAGAAGGAAGAGGAAGCACAAAAGAAGAAAUCUGACUUGGAAAUAGAACUAUUAAAACGGCAGCAGAAGUUGGAGCAGCUUGAACUUGAGAAGCAGAAAUUGCAGGAAGAGCAAGAAAAUGCCCCAGAGUUUGUGAAGGUUAAAGGCAAUCUCAGAAGAACAGGCCAAGAAGUGGCUCAAGCCCAGGAGUCGUAGGUCCGGGCUGCAGAGACCGUGCACCCAGCCCAGCGCACACAAAAAGUGUGUGCAGGGGUCUCCCCAGUACUUAACCUCAGGGCCAAAGCCCCUGGAGAGAAUCCCAGCCAGCAGAGAACUGUUACUUUGAAAAGAGUUUGGUUUUGGUUUUCCUACCAUCCGGGUGGAUCAGUUACCUGUGACUGUUGCAGUUCCUAUUCGCCAAACGAAGGACGUUGCCCAGCACUUAAGUUGGGAUAAUGGACCUGUGUUCAAAGACUUAAAAAAUAACAACAACAAGAAAAAAAGGAAGAGGACACUGGCAUAAAUUCCUGAGAGUUGCACUACUUGGUUUUUCUUUCAAGCCAAGUUUAGUGGGGCACAGAGCCUUUUUUCUUUUAAAAUGUAAAGAAAAUGUGUUUCGUUCUUCCUUUAGUUACCCAUUCAAUAAUGUAGAUCGUGCAGAAAUGCGUUUGAUCUCUUAUAUCCACUGUUUGUACAUUCUGUUUUCUUGUCUGAUUUACACUUUCACCCACGUUAGGCUUAACGCCAGAGAAUGUUAGUAUUCAUGUGGAACGCAGUUCUUACCUUUGUUGGCAUUAAGAUUCAGAAAUAGAGUGAGGAGUUUUAAAAAUAUGGGAGCAAAGAAAUACAUAAACAAGACUACGUAAGCGUCUGUCUUGAUCUUAUUUUCAUUCCUGUUGCUUCCCUGAUGCUUCACGGUGACCUACUUCAGGGAAGGUCCAUCAUGUAAGUCCAUGUAUUGCUUUGAUAACUGUUAGGGGUUUUGUUUUCUUUUAUUUUGUUGUUAAGUUUCUUGCUCAGCGAGGCCUUUUAUGUGAAAUAACCUCCCAGUCCUUUGAGGAAUAAAAACUAGUCCGUAUAACCCAACUUCAGUGUCAAAAAGUAGAGGGUCCAAAUCUUUUGGUUUCUCCUGAGAGCGGUAUGGGGAAAGCUCCCAUGUGGAGCUGUGAAGGAAGAGUUCUUUGGGUAUUUUAAUGUGAGUCAAAUGUGGAUUGGUUUCAAGGAGGCCCAUUUGGAAGAUAUAUAGCAUUUAUACAUUUCUAAUAUUAUUUGAAUCCAAGCUUUGAAAUUUUCUGGUUAAUGAUCACCUAGCUCUUUGCCCUUUUUUCUCGUGAAGAAAGGCUAUCUCGCCACUACCUUAGUGAUGGCGAUGCGUUGGUAAGGAUGAUGUGUUGUGACUACUGUUGAUCUCUCAGGAACAGCUGAGGGGAAGGGGACGCUGCCCGGUUUGUGCUCUCCAGCUGGCAUGCUAUACUCCACACGAACCCUGAGUUACCAACUACAGCCAGAUUCUUCACGCGAAAUCCCUUUUCUAUUGCCGAGAUGGGCAGGGCAACAUUCUACUUGGGGUGGUCUAGAAGAAUUUGUGUGGAUUCAGUAUGUUCUUUGUAGAAACGAUUCAGCCGGUCAUUCCUACAUUGAAGGCUCUUCUCAUAAUUUCUUUCAAGAGUCAUAGAAAGCUGGAUCCCAAGCUUUUGAAUCCUUAAUAAGCCUAAGUAGAAAUUAGCAUUCUAUGGGAAUUCUGUAGUUUUCAUGGUUGGUGAUUAGGAUCCUGUUCAUCCCUAAUGUGGACAGGACAAAAGUAAAUGCAUAGAUAAUACACUGCUAGUCAUAGAACAUGUCGAUUACACCUGAAAUGGAUGAUUUCUCUCAUCAGCAAGUAUUAUUUGAAUAAAUUAUGAGGUGCUUAAGGUACAAUGUUGCUCUAUCAUAAUUUACUUUUGAAGGAUGGAAUGGUAACUAUUUUUUUCCAUCCUUCUUCCUUUUCAGAGAGGAAAGAGCAUUAACCAAUCAUCUUGAAAGUACGUUUCUGAUUGUACGUUGACUAGAGUUCUGCCCCUGUGUAUACGGACUAGUGAUGCAAUUUGUAAAAUGAAGAUUCAGGAGUAGCUCAUAGCCUUUAAUCCAACCGGAUAGGUAAGAUCUCUAGAUUCUGUAUCCUUGAAACAAUUCUGCCACUUGAGAAAAUUCUCAAGGGCCCUAACAGGCUCCUUUAGAAAGACCAAUUCUGUUCCUAGAAUUUACCUAGAAUGCAUUCUUCACUGGGAAAAAAUAAAUUCCAAGAGCGUUUCCCUCCCAAUCUCACUCACAAAUCUGCAGAAUUAUUAGUGGUUAGUAGUCCAAAGUUUGGCCAAAAGAAGACUUGUAAAUAGUGUCAAGUGAUGUCUCCUCACUAAACAGUGGAAUGUACAGAUAGAAAAGCUCUUUGAAAUUGCCAGAUCAGCUCAGCUUAUAAGCCUGAGUUUAAAAAGGCGUCAUUCUCCCUCCACACUUUAACACUGUACAGUCCAAACCCCUAGGACUCAUGGACAUCCAAGCAGUUUUGUGCUUUGAGCCAAUUUUUGAGAAAAAUGGCUCCAUUUUUCCACUCUGCGGUUUUCUUAAAAUAGCUCAAUGUUUUCUAGUCUCCGAGUAGUGUUGCUUUCUAAGCUAUCACAGUUGACUUUAUUCUUCUACUCUGAAAAAUUUUGACUUGUUUGAGUGUAUAUAAUAUAUAUAAAGGGAGCCUUAAUGGAUUUGUUUUCAUAAUUUAAUAUUUUUUGUAUUUGCUCUUAUAUAAUUGUUUUUAAUGGAAAGUAUUACAGAAUUGAGGGUGGAAUUCUGAGAACCAAAGUUAUUCUUAAUAAAAAUCACCACACGCUUGGACCAUG